AUGGACUUCGUAAGCUACCCGAAACUGGCCAUUACGUGGAAUUUCAUCCCAUGUAGAGCAGCUUUCCGCGAUUCUGCGGAACUGCUUUUGCACAGGCCUUCAGCUCCAGAACCGACCGAAUCGAGUAUUCCAUUACGAUCAAAUCAAGGGAAUGAGAGGAUAUGGUUGCCACUCGGGACUUAUUUCGAAGCGUGCCAGAACUUCAAGGCAUGGCGAGGAAGAAGAUUGAAUGCCGCUCCGAUAUUCCAACGAUUCCGUUGUAGAGCGAUCCGAACGGGGAUCAGAUUUCAGGCUGACAACAUCCUUAAUGACGUGGGCCCAUUCCUUGUCUACAGAAUUUUGCGACUCGAACGUACAUUUGUCGAACCAAUCGUGAAGCCUGUCGUCUACCAACAGCCAACCGUGGAGCCUUUCGUCUACCAGGAUUUGGAUAUGUUUGGAACCGCAAGGACGGGUCGACGCUAUUGGAACAGUUGUGUGUCAAGCGAUCCGAUCAGGGAUCAAAGGUUGACGCCAUCCUUAUCGACAUCGGCCCAUUUCUGGUCCACUCAGGUCCCGAAAGUUCAGCAGAGUAGCAGCCACUUAUGGGCGAUCCGAUCGGGGAUCAGGGGUAGGCUCGGCUUUCUGCAAGGCAUCUGCCGUCCAUUCGUCGUCCACCUAGCCAGCUAUUUUCUGGAAUGGCACGCUAUCCAUAUUCGAUAA